AUGAACAGUCGCAAAUGGGUGGCCCAAACACUUUCAUCCCCUACACCAGUACGUAAUGUCACAACUGACGAUAUCGAGUCAACAUCAAGUAUGGCCUAUAAAGACCUGUUGUUGACACGUGCAUAUGACGACGGCAAUACCUCAGAGACGCACAAGGGUAAGAAUAUCAUGGAAGGAAUAUCGACAAAGAACGUUCGGGAACACGAUAGACGUUGGCAAUUAGAAAAAAGUAGAUGGCGAAGUGCGAGACAGAGGUCACUGCUUCAGCCUUGGCAUCGCCUUGAACAAGACUUUGAACUGGUAUCAGCUCAAUUACUUAAAGGACGAUACCCGAACCAAUGUUGUGAUGUUCAGGGUCACCACGAUGACCAACAAAAUCAACAUCAUAUAUCGUCUCUUUCAGAAGCAGGACCAACCGUAGCUUCCAUGCUGAUGGUAGAGAGCAGGCAAAACUCCAUCAAGCGACAGCGAAGCCAAACCGGUACCCCGAUGGAGGUGAACAGUCCUUCCCAAGAGGUAAAUAAUGGAGAAAACAGGGAGAGUAGCAAGGAUGACUCUGUUUUGAGGCAAUCCCCGCCGCCACCACCACCAUUACGUCCAGUCUCCUUUGUUUCUCCGCUUUCUCUGAAUGGGAAAACAGAACACUCUCUAGAUGAGAGUACACCGAAGGAAGAGGAGGAAUCUAUGCUGUUUCAACCUACUGGCACCAAUGGUGGUCCCAUGCCAUCAGAUGUUGCAGGUCUACCGCCUCGUUGUGUCUCUUCUGUCUCACCUGAGGCACUUCAGUCACGCAGCAUUAACACCCAGAAAGGAACCGUACGAGGAAAAACUGGGUAUGAUAUCUUAUCUACAUCAGACGAUUUCAGAGCUGUCUCUCCACCUUUGUAUAUUAUUACUCCCCCAAAUUCUGCACUUUCAGCUGAUGUAACGCCUAAUCCUCGUUUUGAGCGUAGUAAUGAAAAUCGUAAAGAAGCUGAAAAUGAAGGAGAGCAGGAUAAGAAAAAACAAAAGAGAAGGUUUUCAAGAGAACGUUACCCUGUUCGAACAGGUUUGAUGACCCCGUCAGUGGCAUGCGUCCUACAAACACCACCAUGGAAAACAGUGGAGCAACGUUCACCACUACCAAAGAACCGUAUGAUUCUCACACCACCUCGUCCAUCAAUUGCAAAUGUGUCAACAGAUUUUGAAGUUGUAUCAUCAGUAUCACCUGUUUUUUCGGUUAGAGAGUUGGUUGCACAAAAGUCUCAAGAGUCUUGCCCACCAUGUACUCCAGAAAAGGAAAAUACUACAGGUGUCAGUUCACCAUCGCGCCUAAAAGAUUCUAUCAUCGAUACAUGGCAAGGAUUAAGCGCAUAUUAUAAACGUUCUACAGGACUAAAAACCCCUGUUGUACCUUUAUUAUUGAAAAAGACUUGA